UAUCGGGAAUUGGCAUAAACAACCGGCAACGUUGGUGUUUGCUUCUUCUGGCAUCUGUGAACGCUACAUAUAUAGUCUGACAGACAGCACAGUAUAGUAUCCGCCCAUCAUUCAGCCUCGGUGCAAGCGCCUACUUCAUUUUUGGCUGAAAUGAACGGUACCGUGCACUACGCUAUGGUGGCCCUGUGCGAGACAUCCGGCUGCAAGAUCAUCGCGGACCAUUCCACAGAUCCGAAUCCAAUCUACCGUACUAUCGCUCUGGGUACCAUCGAUGGCCUGAGGAUUGUCGAGGACGACAAGAUCAGCGUCGACGGCAGUAGGUAUACGGUACAUGUGCUGAUUGGGGAACUUUACUACGUCUGUUUGACGUCGAAAGUCGACUGUCCUUCAUCAGCGAUAUGGGUAGAAUCGUGCUCUCACAUAUUUCUACAGAGGCUGCGGAGCGUCUAUAAAGAAUUACCGUUGGCGGAUCUAUCGAAAAAUCUGACCAAUCUCGCAGAAGAUGAUCUCUCGAAACCGUUAAAAAAAAUAAUUGUAGAGUAUAAUCAAGGUAUUGGUUGUAAGAAUCUGACCUCAAAGCUCGAGGAAGAAUUGAUUGAGGUACGUCGCAUAUUGAUGAAUGGAGUGCAAAAGUUGAUUGAUAGGGGCGAAAGGUUGGACGAAAUCAUCCGAAAGACGCAGAACCUCGAAAUUUCGUCGCGGGACUUCCACGUAGUGUCAAGGACUCGGCUGAAGAAAACCAGUAGCCUGAAGAUAGCAAUCGUAACGUCAACCUUUAUGCUUGUGCUUGGUUCCGCGGUAUCCUCACCCGCAAUCAUUUUCGUAAACUUCACGAGAACGCAACGAUUCUGCAGCGGCAUUGGCGCGGUUAUCAUACCAGGAAGUUUAUUAAUCAAUAUUUAG